CGUGUGUUUACAUCUGGAGACUGACAGGAGGCGCCGCGAGAAAAUCUUCGUAAAAUGAGUUCCAUUGGAAGGACUGUAGAGGAUGUGAAGAAGUUGAUCUUCCAUGCGAAGCUGACAGAAGACGAGCUUCUUCCAGUGACGCAGACCCUAGAGUUCACGGCUGACUUUGGGGAGAACCGAGACUCGAUGGUUCUUCUUGAGUUGGAUACAAAGCUUCUUGAGACUCUUAAGGAAGGAGAAAGCGCUGUACUAAGAGGUGACCCAGAAGAUGGAGCAGUCUUUUGCACAAAAGGAAAGACCUAUGAGGUCCGUGAAGCAGAGACGUCAAAUUCUUUGGUGUUAGUGCCGCAGCUUUCCUUCCCAGAUAGCAUGGAGAAAUCAGGGGAGCGUAAGAUUCAGAAUAGCCAGGUUUGUGGCAUCCACUACACAUAUUUAGAACUGAGACCAUGUAAACCACGUGUCCGGAAACUUUGUGUGUUAUUAGCAGAGAGGCCCUACUCUGGACCAGAUGCUCAGGAAGAGGAAGGGGAGGGCCAGAAAUACUGUUGGAAUGACCUGCUCGACCGCAUUCAGUGCAGUGAAGAAGAGCUGGAUAAAGCGCUCUUAGAUAUGGAGGCCUAUCACUUAUAUGGAUUUUGGCAAGUCCUGGAGUUUGAUUAUAGAUUCAAAGUUGUAUCCCACAUUCUCAAUCUGAUCGAAGAAAAGACCUUGCCCCUUGAUGGAAUUCCUCGGAUUUCAACCAUUAAGGCUCUCAGUGAACUUGAACCUCGUCCUGUAAUUACACAGUGCUUUGAUUACUACUUGAAACCCACAGGUGUUGACACAGAUGAUGGAGACUCACUGUAUACUUUGAUUGAUGACAAAAUAUGCCGUCUCUGUGCAGAGGUCCUCCUUAAGCCUGCAGGGAAGUUCAACUUGAGUGAAUUCCUUAGUAUUUGGCAACAGAGUGUUCCAGAAGGUCUAACAACAAACUUAAGUCAAUUGGAAGGCCUGGCACUGGUUGAUCGAUCGUCAACACCUGAAGUGAUAUCGCAUUUCCCCGUGUCUAGUAUGCCACAAGAUAUACAAGAGAGAUUUAGUUUUCUCUUUGAAACUCGAGAGAGGUGGACACUGGAUGAAAUCAGACCCUAUGUUAUGGACUUGGCUGGUGAGAAGAUUCCAGUUAACGCUAUCUUGACCAAAUAUGCAAGGGCAUCUACGCAGAAUGGUAUCAAGUAUUAUUCGGGAAAACAUGCAAGAUAGACCACUUUACAUGCUGUUUAUGAUUUCUUUGUUAACCGAUAAAGUGUAGAAUAGUAUUCAUGAUAUUGUAGCAAUGCUAAUUAUGUUUGCAUUUAAUAGAUUUCCUACAUAAAGAGUUAGGAAAAUAUUUUGUUACAAGAGACGGACAACUAACAAAAUAUAUUUUUUUGAAUCAUGUGAUAGAUAUCUAAAUUACAAACACAAAGCUUGAGAAAUAUAUGCACUAAUAUACACAUGCUUUUGUUAUAAAAUAUUUGUAAUUUUA